AUGCAAGGUGGGGGAGAGAACCGGAGAACUAGUGAUCAGAACGUCCUUCACACCCUCCACGCUACCGCCGAGCUUCCCCAGGUGUUGAGACCCACAUCAGCUCCUCGUACGUCCCCAAUCCCGCUUCUCCCUGCCCUGACUAAGCCUCAUUCCCAUGUACCCUCACGGGGUCUGCCUCCGAGCACGCCCGAACGAUAUAUCACAGCCUGGUCUUCGCUGAGGCGCUACUGGUUCACCUCGACACCUACCCAUGGCGACCUUGCUGUUGCGUCCCUGCCCAGCCUCUCUUCCCUUCAACUGUCGGGAAGUGGUGGUGGCUGCUACAACAGGAGGUCAUACGUGUACAUCAAACCCACACCUUCGAGCACCAGGUCACAGUGUACGGAAAGCCCACGCAUGCAGGUUCGCUCGUGCAUGUCAAGAACACGUAUUCUAAACUCGUACCACCACAUUUGGACAUGGAAUCGAACACAUACCUGUGGCCACACCUGUCGGGUACGCCUAUUUGAACCAAGAACUUGCUGCCACGGCUAUGAAGUACCAAGGCAGUUUCUCACAUCUCUAAACCUUAGUCAAGAAUCAAAAUCUGGCACACUGACCACGUGGGGGAAGAAUUUGCUGCAUGUGAGAAUCCGUCUGUCUGCUUAAACAUGAUUCCAGGAUGUCUUUUCCGUCUCCAAACAAGCAUAAUGCAUAUGAAAAGUAAACAGAAAGCUGGAGGCGAAUAGAUGGCGGUGGAGUGUGAGAAGCUUAAAGACUGUUUCGCCGAGAAUGCAGCUUAUGUGUCGUGAUGCUGGGAAUUCUGGCGAUAGACAAGGAACACUUAGGAUGGAGCGUCGUGUCAGGAGGAAGGAGGAGAUGUAGGAAUAGUUGAGAGAUAUUUGACUGGAAUUCGGGACUGUUGACGUUAUCGUGGAGAUAAAGAAAAUGUGUUGCUUUGUAAAUGGUACAAAUCUUUACCUUGAGAGUUCUUAGAAAAGAGUUACGAGUGCUUUGUCAGGAGAGAAAAUGGAAGACCAGAGUUAAGGAACAUACUCUGGUUUAAGAUUUUUUGGCUACCAAGGAAAGAAAAUUGUGUAAAGUGAGGAGUGAAGUUGAUACAGACACGCUGAAACAAAGGAAAACGAACGGAAUGGAAGAAUGUUAUCACCAAAGUCUUCCAAGGAAAAUAAAACUGACGAAAAACAGAUAUGAGGUAAAAAAGAUUCGUAGACUGGUUCACCCUUUGUGGAUGUAUUGAAGUUAUUAUGUGUAUAGUUUCCAUCAAUGAAAUAUUAUGUCAAAUUACAAUUGUAACUAAGAUUAACCAAAAUUAAGAUUACAUAUUGAGAAUACUAGUAACUGGUAAUUUUUUAACAUCUUUAAAAAAUUACGUAGCUCAUAUAGUUUGUCAGAAACAGCUACUAUUUCU